GGCCAUGUUUGUUCAGGUCACGGCGUCCGGUCUUUUGAGGCGGCUUUUGUAUCAUUGUGCUGGUUUCAGCGAUUAUUAACAAUCCUCGGGACAUGUCAGAACUUUUUAAAGUGACAGAUUCCUUGCUGAUCAGCAAUGCUAGAACUGCCUGCAAGAAGGAUCUUCUUUUAGCAGAAGGAGUGACUUGCUGCAUCAACGUUUCCAGAAGACAGCCAUUCCCAGACUUUAAUGUCCAGACCUUGCGUAUCCCUGUGUUUGACCAUCCGCUGCAGGACCUCUCCAAGUAUUUUGAACAGUGUGUGGAGCUGAUAGACGGGACUAUAAAAAGUGGUGGAAAGUGCCUGGUCUACUGCAAACAUGGACGAAGUCGAUCUGCCACAAUCUGUAUUGCCUACCUGAUAAAACACUGGAAUAUGUCCCUUAAGGAAGCCUUUCAGAUGGUUAAAGCAGUACGGCCAUCUAUAGAACCAAAUGAAGGGUUCUGGUCUCAGUUGGAGUCAUAUGAAAAAUCUUUACAGCCGAUUCAUUGAAUCCACAACUGCCUUUCGUCAUGAACCAGAAAAAAUCCUACAUUAAAGGGUCUAAACCAUUCAUUGUAAGAAGAGGUAAAGGGCCACAGGCAUAGCUGAGAAAAGAUUCCUUACAAGAACAUCUUGGGAAUUACUCAGUUUUUGUUUACCAGAUAUGAGCAGUAGCUUUCAAAAAGUGUUACAGUGAUUUCCUAUCAAUACUGGCUCUUGGUUAGGUGAAAAAGGCCAGUUCAACAGUGUAGCCAUGACAGUGGCAUCCAAUCACUGCUGCCUGAUGAUCCCAAUGGCUUCUCUAAAUUAUGGGAGGACCAUAAAUGGGAAAUGUGGGGUGGGACCAAUGAUACAGGUUUUGCAUUAGGGCCCAGAAGCUCUAAGUGACACCUCUGGGUCUGUGGCUAGGGCACAGCCAUGUUGGAAGUGCCACACAAGUGCCGCAAUCCGGCAAACCUCCUGCCUCGCCCUCACCUCAUAGUCCCUCCUUGACUUAUGUACAAAACUUUGUUAAUCACUAAGGAAAGGUUAAAAGGCUUACUAGGCUGUGGCACUUGAGUACCUCAGCCCCCUCUUCUUGGCUCAGAAAAAAACCAGCAAUUUUAUAACUCUGGCAACCACCAUCAGCUCCUGGAAAGGUACAAUUUGCUUUAAUAACAGCUAUCUGCAGCUCAUACCUGCAAAAACAGAUGGCAAAUUCUCUAUUGAAAGUCCUUCAAACACCUGUAAUAAGCUUAU